AUGGAAUACGAACAAGGGUUGAGCAGCGCGGUAGUCCAGGGACGUCCGUUUCCCUCCUCAGUGCCGGCAACGGGUCCGUCGCCGCCUCCCAAACUGUCGAGAGAGGCGCAACACGCUUGGCAAUCCGGACAAGAUAUUGGGGAAAAAACCUCGCAAGAGAUUCGCUACCAGAUAGAACGGAAUGAAUCUGCAGAGUCCCUGUCGGGGGAAGAGGGUUUGAGGGAGAAGGAAACGCGUGAGGCAGCUCGCAGCGUUUUCAAAAUGAACGGCAAGUUCGCCGACGGGCCGUAUUCGGGCAUUCUGGAUAGCGUGCUUGAUGCUAUCGGGAAUACACCAAUGGUCAGAAUGAAGCGCCUCGCAAAAGUGUAUGGUCUCGAGUGCGACCUCCUUGCCAAAUGUGAGUUUAUGAGCGCCGGAGGAAGUGUGAAGGAUCGAAUUGGAAAGGCCAUGGUCGAGAAAGCGGAACGGGAGGGGCGUCUGAAAGCUGGCGACACCCUGAUUGAACCCACAAGCGGAAACACGGGAAUUGGGUUGGCGCUCGCCGCCGCCGUUCGUGGGUACCGCAUGAUUGUGACCAUGCCUGCGAAAAUGUCUGCGGAGAAAUCGAAUAUCAUGAAGUGUCUUGGUGCCGAGAUCGUUCGCACGCCAACGGAGGCUGCAUGGAAUGACGAGAACUCUCAAAGGGGAGUGGCCGCAAAGCUACAGAGAGAGUUGGAGCCAUAG